AUGGUGUUCUCAGAAUCAUCUGAUCUGGACAAUGUAGUUAAACUGCUCCAGUCAGUGGUCGACAAAGAAGACGCAGACGUGGUCUCUAAAGUAGAUGCCAACGUAGAUGCCAACACCACUUCAGUCACUCAAAAUGAUGCCGUGAAUGCGACGCAGCUCGACGCCGGCAGCCCCGUGAAUGCGACGCAGCUCGACGCCGGCAGCGAGCCAAGUGGCAACCACACAUCCAGUGAAAAGGGGAGCAGAAGGCGAAGACGUGCUAUGCCCUUCAGAAGAACCCUUCGGUUUGCCAGCUUACCCCACUCGUGGGUGUGGUCUCUGUCUUUCUCAACCAAUCAGAAGCCCCUGCUGCACCUGUCCUUUAAAGAAUCAUCUGAUCUGGAGAAUGUAGUUAAACUGCUCCAGUCAGUGGUCGACAAAGAAGACGCAGACGUGGUCUCUAAAGUAGAUGCCAACGUAGAUGCCAACGUAGAUGCCAACGUAGAUGCCAACGUAGAUGCCAACGUAGAUGCCAACGUAGAUGCCAACGUAGAUGCCAACGUAGAUGCCAACGUAGAUGCCAACGUAGAUGCCAACGUAGAUGCCAACGUAGAUGCCAACGUAGAUGCCAACGUAGAUGCCAACGUAGAUGCCAACGUAGAUGCCGAAGAGGUGGAAGUGGUCCCCGUCCUGUCCAAUGACGCUACAGGGAGCGCACGUAAUGAGACCACUUCAGUCACUCAAAAUGAUGCCGUGAAUGCGACGCAGCUCGACGCCGGCAGCCCCGUGAAUGCGACGCAGCUCGACGCCGGCAGCGAGCCAAGUGGCAACCACACAUCCAGUGAAAAGGGGAGCAGAAGGCGAAGACGUGCUAUGCCCUUCAGAAGAACCCUUCGGUGAGAAUGGAGGCACUGACUGUCCAGAGACCCCAAAAGGUCUUUGACACACUGCAGCAGUUUUGUUUCAAAGAUGUGUUGCAUAAGUACUGUGUACUUUUCUCAAAUAAAAUCUUAACCU